CUCCUUCCUUGCCUCUCAAAACACGCACAGAUACUCUUUAAUUACCAUAUUUAUCUCAAAAGAAUCAGAAUAAAAAAUCCUUAUUUUUUAAUUAAAAAUUCAAAAUAGUUUCAAAAAUUUUCUUUCCAUUUCUCCUUUUUGGUGGCUGCUUUUUUCCCCUUAUUUUCUCUCCAUAAGAACUCUUUUUCUCUUCAUUCUCCCAAUAUCUUCAUUUGAAGCAACUAUGUCUUUUAGAGGAGGAAAUGCAUCGUCGGGCAUGGGAGUGGCUGAACACAGCAAAAGCACGUACCUGGAACUGCAGAGGAAGAAGGUGUUCCGAUAUGUUAUCUUCAAGAUUGAUGAGAAGAAAAAGGAGGUCAUAGUUGAAAAGACUGGAGGUCCGACAGAGAGCUAUGAUGAUUUCGCAGCCUCAUUGCCGGAGAGUGAUUGCCGCUAUGCAGUUUAUGACUUCGAUUUUGUGACUUCCGAGAAUUGUCAGAAGAGCAAGAUCUUUUUUAUUGCAUGGUCUCCUUCUGGUUCGAGGAUCCGUUCCAAGAUGCUCUAUGCAACAUCAAAGGACAGGUUCCGAAGGGAAUUGGAGGGCAUCCAUUACGAAAUCCAGGCAACCGACCCGACUGAAAUGGAUCUCGAGGUGAUUAGGGAGCGUGCACAUUAAGCGUCCACUCCCGGAAUUCACAUGCUUAGGAAAACUUCCUAGAGGUACCUUUAGGGUUGUUUUAUGGUUCAAUUAAAUUGCAGAAUUAAGUCGAGUUACCCGUCUCUGACAUUGUAUGUCGUUAUCAUUAUUAAAUAACGCCUGAGAAGGCUGAUUAGGAGGAGGAUCAGGGUUGGAACAUGGGAGGAAUGUUGGGACUUUGGACUUCUCAUUGCCAUGAUGCUUCUCAGGUGAAAACGAGUGUGAUUAUUAUGGAUAUUGACUCUUAUUCGUGGAAUGGUAUUUCAAUCUCUUGUGCUUUUCAUCUGAAACUUUUCUAAUUAAUUGAAAUAUAAAAGUUUCUAAGGGUGAUAAUGGUUUGGUUUGUGAUUAA